CCAUAUCAUUAUCCGCCACCCGUGGCAAUUCAUUACAAAUCCUGGUGUCUUCUGCUGCGGUUGCCCUCUCUCCCCCUCUCCCCAUCAAAAAAUUAAUCAAUAAAAAUUAAAAUCCAACCCUUCUUCUUCCCUCUCUGUCAUCUGCUUUUACCAAAUCAAUUCGAUUGAAACCUUAGGGUUUUGAAUCGAUACUUAGAUCCUGUACACUCUCUCUGCAUCAUUUUUCUCCGAGAGAAAAUGCCGUCAGUGUACGGAGCUCGAUUGACCACAUUCGAAGAUUCUGAGAAGGAGAGCGAGUAUGGAUACGUUCGUAAGGUAUCAGGGCCUGUUGUGGUUGCAGAUGGUAUGGCUGGUGCAGCUAUGUAUGAACUGGUCCGUGUUGGCCAUGACAAUCUAAUUGGUGAAAUUAUUCGUUUGGAAGGACAUUCUGCAACAAUCCAAGUGUAUGAGGAAACAGCUGGUUUGAUGGUGAACGACCCUGUUCUUCGGACGCACAAGCCAUUAUCCGUAGAGCUGGGACCGGGAAUACUGGGGAAUAUUUUUGAUGGAAUUCAGAGGCCUCUAAAAACCAUUGCAAGAAUAUCAGGUGAUGUCUAUAUUCCUCGUGGUGUCUCUGUUCCAGCCCUUGAUAAAGACACACUCUGGGAAUUUCAGCCCAAGAAAAUAGGCGAGGGAGAUCUUGUGACUGGUGGAGAUUUGUAUGCUACUGUAUAUGAGAACACUCUAAUGCAACAUCAUGUUGCACUCCCUCCUGAUGCCAUGGGGAAAGUCACUUACAUUGCACCUCCUGGUCAAUAUUCAUUGAAAGACACUGUGCUGGAGCUUGAGUUCCAGGGUGUAGUAAAGCAAUUUACCAUGCUUCAGACUUGGCCAGUACGUACACCAAGACCAGUUGCAUCAAAGCUCGCUGCUGAUACCCCUCUACUUACUGGGCAGCGUGUCCUUGAUGCCCUUUUCCCCUCAGUUCUUGGUGGGACUUGUGCCAUACCUGGUGCAUUUGGCUGUGGGAAGACUGUCAUUAGUCAAGCUCUUUCCAAGUAUUCUAACUCCGAUACCGUUGUGUAUGUGGGCUGUGGAGAAAGAGGAAAUGAAAUGGCAGAGGUGCUCAUGGAUUUUCCACAAUUGACCAUGACUUUGCCUGAUGGCCGUGAAGAGUCUGUCAUGAAGCGUACAACCCUUGUAGCCAACACUUCUAACAUGCCUGUCGCUGCUCGUGAGGCUUCAAUUUAUACAGGAAUCACUAUAGCUGAAUACUUCCGAGAUAUGGGCUACAACGUGAGCAUGAUGGCAGAUUCAACAUCUCGUUGGGCAGAAGCAUUGCGUGAAAUUUCUGGACGGCUGGCAGAAAUGCCUGCUGAUAGUGGAUAUCCUGCUUAUCUGGCAGCACGUUUGGCCUCGUUUUAUGAACGUGCUGGAAAAGUAAAAUGUCUUGGUUCACCAGAGCGUACAGGUAGUGUCACAAUUGUUGGUGCAGUUUCCCCACCAGGAGGUGAUUUCUCAGAUCCUGUUACUUCUGCUACCCUCAGCAUUGUACAGGUCUUCUGGGGUUUGGACAAGAAACUUGCACAAAGGAAACAUUUCCCUUCUGUAAACUGGCUUAUUUCCUACUCUAAGUACUCGGGGGCAUUGGAGUCAUUCUAUGAGCGAUUUGAUCCAGAUUUUAUCAACAUCAGGACAAAGGCACGUGAAGUACUCCAAAGAGAAGAUGACUUGAACGAGAUUGUCCAACUUGUUGGAAAGGAUGCUUUAGCUGAAGGAGAUAAGAUUACCCUGGAGACAGCAAAGCUUUUGAGGGAGGACUAUCUUGCUCAGAAUGCAUUUACUCCAUAUGACAAGUUCUGUCCUUUCUACAAGUCUGUUUGGAUGAUGCGCAACAUAAUUCAUUUCUACAAUUUGGCCAAUCAGGCUGUUGAGAGAGGGGCGGGCAUGGAUGGUCAGAAGAUAACAUACAGCCUUAUCAAGCAUCGGUUGGGAGAUCUCUUCUAUCGUUUAGUGUCUCAAAAAUUCGAGGAUCCAGCAGAAGGGGAAGCAGCACUUGUGGGAAAAUUCAGCAAGUUGCAUGAGGAUUUGACUGGCGGCUUCCGUGCCUUGGAGGACGAGACUCGUUGAUUUAGGCGUUCCAGAUUUUGGUUAUUUAUUUACGGAGUCUGGCAGCUCGAAACCAGCACUUGAUCUAGUUGGAUUCGUUUGUCUAUGAAGGAUCAGUGUUGUUGCAUUCCUUCAUCCCACUUUUGCGGUGCUUGCCUUAUGGGAUGUGAUAGCUAGUGUAAUUUGUUAUUCAAAGCGGAGACAGUCAGACUAAAACCGUGCCUUGUUUAUUUAUGCAAUAAGGCUUGUUUGUGUUCAGGCAGUGUCAAUUUGUAUGAUUUAAUUUAUCAUAAAUAAAAGAAUCUUGUCUUAUCC